AUGGAUGGGACAGCCAUCGGACCUCAGGAUCCGUGUGACCUGCCUUGCGACGAACCCAAGAUCUUCAAGCAGACUCUAUCCAACUCCACCUGGGCGCCGUUGGGCCCGCCAGUACAGUAUUGCCUCGCCCAACCGACGCAGAAACAGUGUAGUCUGCGGUUCAGCAUGGACAUUGCGAUCCUGGUCGUGGUUUUGAACUUUGUCAAACUGGUCAUGAUGAUUUUGACCGCGCUGGUUGCGUUUGGGAGGAGCGAUGUCCCACUUCUCACCAUGGGCGACGCCGUUGCCAGCUUCUUGGAGGACCCGGACAGUGUCUCCAAGGGAAUGUCUCUGCUCAGCGCUUCGAGGAUUAAGAAGCUAGGAAAGGCCUUAUUACAGGACGAUCAAGCGAGCCAGCGGACGGUCCUUUAUUCUGGAAAGAUGCGACAAAAGUGGUUGAAAGCCGUCAGCAUGCGUCGAUGGGCGGCAUGCUUCAUCCUCUACAUUGGUGGCUUAUCCGCUGCGGCAGCCUUUCUCGGUCGCGGAAUCUCAGCAAUGGUCGGAUCGAAAUCCCUCUCGUCACUAUGGUCGAUCGGUCUCGGCACCGUGUCAGGACGCACGCUGAUCCAGAACGACGCCGUGUUUGGAUCGGGCAAAACCGCGCUCAUGGCCGCAGUCGUGCUCGCCAACAUUCCCCAAUUGAUUCUGUCGUUAUUGUAUUUCACCUACAACGGCCUGUUCACGUGCAUGCUCCUCGCCAGCGAAUGGAACUCGUAUUCCGUGAGGCGGAAAGGUCUACGCAUCUCCUCGUCGCAAUGCAAGGGAGCUCAGCGAUCGGGUUAUAGGCUCCAACUUCCCUACCGCUUUAGCAUCCCCUUAGCCAUGGCCAGCCUGUUGCUCCAUUGGCUGGCUUCGCAGAGCAUCUUUGUCGUCAACGUUUCGAUGUUUGAUUACACGGGUUCUCCGAUCGUCUCGCUUCCAGGGACUGUCGGCCAUCUCGUGACAUGUGGGUAUUCGCCCGUGGCCAUCAUUUUCACAAUCAUCCUGGGCGUGCUGCUGAUAGGGGUGCUGCUCGGGUUUGGUUUCGGGGCGAGAUUCUACACAGCCAUGCCCAUUGCGGGCAGUUGCAGCCUGGCCAUUGCGGCGGCUUGUCAUUCCACCACUGGUGUCCCUGCAGAGGAGGCGGUUGAUAGCGAAGGAGGGGCAGGGAAAAUGCCAACGACGACGACGACGUCGUCAACAUCAUUACCCAUAUCUCAGCAACCGCUCAUGUGGGGAGAGAUACCAGGUUACUAUCGCGACCGCGACAACAAUAACGUGUCAAGAAGAAGCACACCCGAGUCCAUGAUGGAUGUGAGUCGGGAAAAGGAAAACUCUGCACCCACCGAGCCGCUUGUGACGACCACCUCGAGCAUCAGGGACAGGGACAGCGAGGCAAACUCACAUUCGGACUCGGACGCGGAGGCGGAUUCAGAGUCGACCAACUUGGAAGCCGCACUCCUAGGACCCAGAAGAAGCCAGACCUGCUGCUCGACGACCGUCGCUGGCGUGGGUGCAGGCGUAACAACAACAACAACACCAACAACCACCGAGAAGACUGCCGCUGCCACUGCCACGUCUACGGGUGGACAAAGACUGCAGGUCGAUUCGAGGAAUGGCAAUAAACCUGACCAUGAAGAUGAAGACGAAGACGACGACGAAGAUAGUCAAGGUCCCCACGGCACGGAGGACGGGUAUUUACUCCAUCCGCUGGCUCCACGAGCACAUGAUACCGCUUCCUCCUCCUCGUUCGGUGCAGCACAUCGAACCGCUAUUCCCACCGGCCCCUCAUCGCAAAACGGAGACAACCAGCGCGACACCGGUACCGAUAGUGUCCGGCGCCUCGGUAGUCGACAUGCCUCGUCGGUUCCCGGUGGUGCUGCCGUUGGGCUUGGCCAUUGCGGCUUCUCGGCCAGCGACGUGACGGACCCGGUUGUAGGGCGGGCUUAUGCUUGA